AUGUCGAAUGACUACCAUAGUCACAAUUUGCCGGCGGCCGUCGAGAAUCUCUUCACGAAACAGCCCCCUAUCAAGAACAUCUAUGAAUUGGUCAUCGGUCCGUCUGGUUCUUACUAUAUCGGCUACCUUGACAACGAUAACAAGACAUACUGCAUGAACCACGGACUCCCUUUCCACUUGACAAAAUGGCUCUCAACCAACGCUAAAGGCUUCGUAGAACACGACAUCCGUACGACAAUGAUUACGCUGGGACCGAAGGGAAGCUAUGUCGUCAAAGACAAAAACAAGAUGCAGUGGUGCGGAGUUCCGGAUGCCCUUGCGACCCGCUUGAACAGCUUCGGAACGCAACGCACCCGACUGGUCACUCUGGGGAUAGACGAUUCGUUCGUCAUCAUCAAUACUGAUGGGUCCGGCUUGCGGAGUUUGAGGGGCAGGUUCUCAGAUCUUGAGAAAUUGCUUGCGGGCAUGCCCAGUCUUGGGAACGUUCAUUACCUCUCCUUAUCCACAUACAACUCCAUCUCCGCGAGCGGCGAUGUCGACGAUCCCUUGUACAUGCUCGUCAUGAAGAGUGGCGCGGCUGAAGGCUUGUGCCCGGACGGACACGGAGAGAGGUUCGGAGUCGUGACUUCAAAUCUGCCCAACAUGCAAUCCGCCGUGACGCAAUCACUGGUGCGCUCGCCAGCGCGAGGGUCUUCUGGCUCCGGUACGAGUCUGCUAAAAGUGCUCUCGGGCAUGGCCAAAGUUGCGAAUGUUGCUAAUCAGGUUCUCGGCGGCGGCGGCGGAGGAGCAGGAGGCGGAUACUACAAUGGUAAUAGCAGCGGUGGAGGAUUCGACACAUCGGGAUUUCAGGCGGGGUUGCAGCAGCAGACUUGGUCAACUACGUCCGGUGCAGCUGGUGAUCCCAUCCAAUCCAGUAUGCCCAAGAAGCAGGCGGGAGAGAAUAGCAAAAAGGCUGCCGGCAAUGCAAAGAAAGCCGAAGUAACAAACCAAAAAGCCGCAGCUGAGGGUGCGAAGAAAGCAGCCUCUGAAGAUCAGGAAUGGGGCAAAGGCGCAAAAUCCAACGCUAAGAAGUACACACCUCUCCCCCCGCACUCGAUUCAAUCUAACCAUACUUACAGAGAGGAAGCCGAAGCAAAGAAGCAAGAGGCAGCGCGUAAAAAAGCGGAGAAAGAUGCCCUCCUCGCCGCUGAAGAGAAAGACGCCCGCCCCACACCCAAAAACACCAAAACCGCAGUCAAAAAGACUAAAGGCCUUGACCUCUCCUCACUCGACGACGAACCCUCAUCCUCUAUCUCAAAAGGCAACCCGGCCCUCAACGCCACCGGUAUCGACAACGCCCUCGACGCCCUCUCCCUCACCUCCGCCAACCCUUCGGAAAAGAUCGACAGACAUCCGGAGAGAAGAUUCAAGGCUGCGUAUGCGGCGUACGAGGCUCGACGCAUGCCCGAGUUGGAGGAAGAGCAUAAAGGGCUGAGGAAGAAGCAGAGGGAGGAUAUGAUUCGGAAGGAGUUUGAGCGAAGUCCGGAGAAUCCGUUCAACCAGGCGAACGCGAGGUUUGACACUACGAAGGAGGAGCUGAGGGAGAUGAAAGACCAGGAGAGGGAUAAGGUAGAGGCGAGGUUGGCGGCACGGUGA